GACUUUCGUGCCCGGCCCUCCGCGGAGGGGCAGAAGCGGAGCGCGGCCCGUCGGUGGAGCCGGGAGAGCGGCGGCGGAUCCCACCCACCCAGCCACCCAUCAGCCGCUCCUCGGAGGAGGGUCCCAGGCAGCUCGAGAUUUCUCCCCCCCCCCCCGGAAUCUUCUGGAAAUGGCUGGAAACAUCCAACGUAAUGAAGAGCCUGAGCGGAGGAUCGUCCUGGUGGGUAAAACCGGGAACGGGAAAAGCGCGACGGGAAACGCCAUCCUGGGAAGCAAAGCCUUUUACGCGGCGGCGUCGCCGAGGUCCGUCACUGUGCAUUGCACAAAGAAGGAGACGUCGUUGAACGGCCGUAAGAUUGUGGUGGUCGACACGCCGGGCUUUUUCGACACCAAGGUUCCGCUGCACGAAACGGCGGAGGAAGUGAAGAAGUGUGUGGAGUUGUGCGCCCCGGGCCCGCACGUCAUCGUGCAGGUGAUUCGUCCAGGCCGCUUCUCCCAGGAGGAGAAGGACGUGGCUGAGCUGAUCAAGGAGAUCUUCAGCCUCAAGGCCAAGCAUUACAUGAUCCUCUUGUUCUCCCGGAAAGAGGACCUGGAAGAGAAAACUCUGGAGCAAUUCCUGUCCGAGGAUGAUUCCUCUCUUCGGGAUCAAGUCUCCGAAUGCGGGUUCCGGAUCCUGGCUUUCAACAACAAGGCCGAAGGGAAAGAACGCGAGGCCCAGGUGGCCCAGCUGAUGCGCAUGAUUGAUGAGCUGGUGUUCGUGAACCGCGAAGCUCCGUGUUACACGGAAGACAUGAUGAAGAAAGAUGAAGAAGAGUAUAAGAAAAAGAAGAAACGCUGGUGUUCUCUUCUCUAACAGACACCCCAAAACCUUUCGACUUGAUCCUCUGCUCCAAGGAGGCAGCUCUCCCACAGGCCACAACCCUGCAUUUCCCCCUUUUCUUCCGUUCUAAUCCAGCUCUCGCCGGGAGACCUCCGAAGAACCCGAGUCGUGGCGGAAUCACCCCAAGCCACUUCCUUCUCCCGAGAAGCCGAUUUCUCCCCCCAGGAUGACGGACUUUCUUCAAUAACCAGCCCCCACACCCGUAUCUGCUGCCUCCACAGCCUCAUUCUCUACCAGCUUGGACCCCUUGGAAAGACACUCUCUUUCGGGCUUCCCGUCUCUCAAUCCUUCGAGGGAGACCAGGCCAGGAAACCACCAACACAAGAAAUAUUAGAACGCGACUUUCUUGGUAUAAAUGACAGUAACAUCUGCCCUUUACUUCCGCCGGCACCAAAGAACAUCAAGGCAAGUCAGCCUUGAGCUUCUUUCUCACCCGUUCCUGUUUUCCUGAGCUGAAUUCAUGUUUUCCUAACAGCCGCUACAUGGUUUCUUUGGGACUUCCCCAUCUGUCAAUCCUUCAAGGCCGAGAAACCACCAACACAAGAAGUAGUAGAUUUUGUCAGUACCGAUUACAGUAGCAGAAUCUUGAAAGCGUCUCCCCUUCGCUCCCACGGGCACCAAGGCGCAUCAAGGCAGGGCAGCCUUGAAGUUCUUGCUCACCCAUUCCUGUUUUCCCGGGGUGAAUUCAUGUUUUCCCAACAGCUGCCACCUGUUUCCUGCAAGGCCGUCUCUAUACUCUUCCACGCUGCUUUCCGGAGGCGAGUGUGGAUGCGCGAGGGAGGUCCUGUGUGUUCUUCUUAUGAAAACCUUAUUAAAUCUCCUGACUUAGGAAUGAA